AUAUCACACCAGCUGCAUCAGCCAUAUCUCCACCUGCAGGCUAACCUGCUACUUCGGGUUUUUUUCCUGGAUAUUUAUGAAAAAUUGUUUUACAGGAGAAAAAAAGUCACCUAUACUGACUGGAGAUAUUUAGAUGCAGAAUUUCGUUAUAAUCUUCUGCCUCCUGGCCGCUGGGUUACCAGCUGUGCAGGGACAGAAUUUGGCUUGUAACUUUGAUGGAAACAAUUUCUGCCAAUGGACCAAUGUGAAUUCACAAAGAAACAUGUUAUGGAGUUUAAAUCGUGGGAGUACAGGGACAGGCGGAACAGGGCCAUCGGCUGACCACACAACUGGCAGUGGGUAUUACAUAUACCUGGAGACAAGUGCAGGUUCCCGAGGUUCAAAGGCUCAACUUCAGAGUCCCAGCUUUAGUGUAAACAGAGGGCAGACCAAGUGUCUGAGGCUUUGGUAUCACAUGUAUGGACCAAAUGUUGGGAACUUGAAUGUCUACCUUAAGAAGAACGGUGUGCUAGGGAGGCCGAUCUGGAGAAGAAACGGCAAUAAAGGGAAUCGAUGGAGGAGCGGGACCAUCAACCUUCAGAGCAACUCAAAUGUUGGAAAUGCCCAGAUUGUCAUCGAGGCGACGAGAGGGAAUGGAAAUAGAGGUGACAUCAGUGUGGACGACAUACAAGUCACAACUGGACCUUGUGGGCAGCAAGGUCAGACAACUCCUGCUUCAGGGGUAACCCCCAGUCCCUCUUCUGUCACCUGUAAUUUUGAAUCGUCCAAUCUGUGUGAGUGGAAGAAUGACAAAACCGACAAUUUUGACUGGGUUUGGAAAAGUGGUUCAACAUCCACAGCCAACACUGGCCCAACUAAUGAUCACACAACCAACACUGCUUCAGGACACUAUGUAUACAUUGAGGCAAAUGGACAUCGACAGGGAGUGAAAGCCCGAUUGAUUGCACCGUCAUAUAGUGGAACACGUUCUACGUGCUUUCAGUUCUACUACAACAUGCAUGGCCAGCACAUUGGUACUCUGAGUGUUUACAAAAAGACGUCUGGAGGACUGGGAAGACCAAUUUGGAGUCUCUCUGGAGAUCAAGGGACGGGAUGGCAGUUUGGACAAGUGUCCAUACGAGGAGGCACAGCUUACAGUGUUGUGUUUGAGGCAACAAGAGGGUCGGGAAAUCAGGGAGACAUUGCAAUUGAUGACCCAAAGAUGUUCACUGGGUCCUGUCCCAAAAGAGGAUCGUGUAACUUUGAAAAGGAUUUUUGUGGGUGGACUAAUAGUGUCACAGACCAAUUUGAUUGGAUAAGGAACAAGGGAACCACAGGCACCACUGGAACGGGACCACCAUAUGACCAUACUAUGGGAAGUAGAAGGACUGGAUAUUACAUUUACAUCGAGGCUAGCAGUCCCCGAGCCCAAGGAGAUGCAGCUCAAAUCAUCAGUGAAGUCUUUCCUCCAUCCCAGCAGCCAUAUUGUAUGCAAUUUUGGUACAACAUGAAUGGAAAUGGAAUUGGGACCCUAACUGUGUAUGCAGUGGCUGAUGGUGUACAAACUCCAUUAUGGCAGUUAUCUGGCCAACAGUCCGGGCAGUGGAACUUUGGGAGAGUCUCUGUCAGAAGUCCCAAGUCUACAUUCAAGUACAUCAUUGAGGGAACCCGAGGAUUUGGAAUAAAAGGAGACAUAGCUCUAGAUGAUAUCAGUGUUACCCAGUCUAACUGUGCAAGGCAGCCUACAAAUUCACGCCCUUCCUCUCAAACAACUACCACCACACCUCUGACUACAACUGUGAGGACAACUCAAGGCAAGACUACAGCAGCCGCCAAUCCACAGACAUCGGUGACAUGUAAUUUCGAUGGAGGUUUCUGUGGGUGGAGUCAGGUGAGGUCUCCCACAGAUGAUUUUGAUUGGUCCAGAAUUAAAAGACCAACAGCAUCAGGCAAUACAGGGCCAAGAGCAGAUCACACAUCAGGAAGGGGCUUUUACAUUUACACGGAAGCCUCAAAUCGACAUCAGAAUGAAAGUGCCCAAUUAAGAUCCCCCACGAUAACGCCAUCCUCUGGAAGAAACACUCGCUGUUUGAGAUUCUGGUACAGUAUGUAUGGGGCUAACAUUGGAUCCUUAAAUCUGUACACGCAGACCCAGUCUACUAUGGGAAACCCUGUGUGGACACGGAAAGGAAAUCAGGGAAACCAAUGGCAACAAGCUCAAGUGACAGUUAAUGUAGCAGUGCAAUAUAACUUUCUCUUUGAAGGAAAGAUUGGAAAUGGUUAUAGAGGCGACAUCGCGUUAGAUGAUGUAUCAUUAACAAACGGAGGAUGUUCAGGACAAACACAGGCCCCUGGAGUGACUACCACGGCCUCUAGCACUGGUGCUCGACGAACCUGUGGAUUUGAGUCGCGUAGUAUUUGUGGGUACAAACAGGACACAACUGACCAAUUUAAUUGGACAUGGAAAUCAGGAAGAACAUCUACAGUGGGAACUGGACCCACCAAUGAUCAUACUUAUGGUACCUCUAGAGGUCACUACAUGUAUACCGAGACUUCAAAUCAACGCCGUAAUGACAAAGCCCGCCUGGUGUCCCCUGUGUAUACCGACCAGAAAGACAUGUGUGUACAGUUUUAUUACCACAUGCUGGGGAAUGGCGUUGGAACACUCAAUGUGUAUGCAAAGGUUGGGUCAAACAUGGGAAGUCCAAUAUUUACCUUAAAAGGAAAUCAAGGAAAUACAUGGAAUCGGGGACAGAUGAGCGUGCCCCAGGGUACUGCUUCCCAGGGCUACAAGGUUGUGUUUGAAGGAGUUCGAGGAACCAAUUUCAGAGGAGACAUAGCCAUUGAUGAUGUAUCAUUCGUCCCAGGAAUGUGUCGUGCAGGAACCUGUGAUUUUGAGACUGAUUUGUGCAAUUGGAGAAACAUCAGGACGGGGGAUGAUUUUGACUGGAUAAAAAACCAGGGAGGUACGGGGACAGCAAAUACUGGACCCUCAGCUGACCACACCCUGGGCACUCUGCAGGGUCAUUAUGUAUACAUCGAGACCUCUACUCCACGUCAGAGGGGGGACAUUGCCUGGUUAGUCAGUAGCACUAUGCCAGCCACAACAUCUGGUUGCAUCAACUUCUGGUACAACAUGAAGGGUCAGACUGUAGACACACUCACUGUGUACCUAACUAUUCCUGGGGGCGGUAAUAGAACAUUAUGGACUCUGAAAGGAAACCAGGGCAAUCAGUGGAUGAACGGUCAGACCCCUCUCUCUUCUACACAGAACUUCCAGGUAGUGUUUGAGGGGCGACGAGGACAAAGUUACACCGGGGACAUUGCGCUGGAUGACAUCACCUUCUCCAACCAGAACUGUGGGGUACAACCAGCUGCAGCGACACCACCUGCAGUGACAGGCACCACGCCAAUGAUCUCGACAGUCGCUCCAAGCAAUGGACCAUUUAACUGUCAGUUCUCCACCAACUUCUGUGGGUGGACACAGAGUACCACGGAUGACUUUGACUGGAGACGGAACAGAGGCUCUACUCUCACCACAGGCACAGGACCUCCCAGUGACCAUUCAGGAAAUGGUUACUAUAUUUACACUGAGUCUAGUGCACCUGUUAAACCCGGACACAAGGCACAACUUAUCAGCCCAAAUGUCCAGCCUGGCAGUCAAGGUCAAAUGUGUCUGAAGUUCUGGUACUACAUGUAUGGGCGUAAUGUGGACAGUCUGAAUGUGUAUGUACAGGCUGGUGUGGUUCUGCCAUCUCAACCAGUCUGGAAGAGAACCGGCACACAGGGAAGACGCUGGAAUCUGGCCUCUGUGGACAUCAGUGCCAAAACUGUCUUCAACGUUAUUCUGGAGGGUACAAGAGGAACUGGGUAUCAGGGUGAUAUUGCGGUAGAUGAUAUCACUAUUGCUAAUGGAACUUGUUCCCAAGGAACCACUCCCUCCCCUACCACGGGGCUCAGCAGUUGUACAUUUGAGGAUAGCAAAUACUGUGGCUUUGUGCAGGACAGGACAGAUGGAUUUGACUGGAAGUGGGGCAGUGGAAGAUCGUCGUCCACCAACACCGGACCUCUCAGUGACCACACUUAUAAGACGGCAGCUGGACAUUACAUGUUUACACAAGGCUCCUCCCAACGUCGGGGCCGAAAAGCUCGACUCAUAAGUCCCAUUUACCUAGCUAACACACAACCAGUGUGUGUGAAAUUUUGGUACAACAUUUAUGGGACUGGUGUUGGAAGACUCAAUGUCUACAAGAAGGCUAGUGGUGUGUUGGGAAGGCCUAUCUGGUCAUUGUCAGGUUCACAAAGUCGAGACUGGCGAGAGGCUUCUGUAACCAUUCCCUCAGGCUCCGCCUACCGAGUGGUGUUUGAGGUAGUCAAUGGCAACAGAAGAGGUGACAUUGCUAUAGACGACUACUCCCAGACCCCGGGCUCCUGUGGAGUUAGAGGAAACUGUAAUUUUGACAUUGGAUUUUGCACCUGGACCAAUGACCAUGCAUAUGAUGUUUUUGACUGGACUCUGGGACACGGUUCUACAAGUAGUAGUAAUACAGGCCCCACGAAUGACCAUACCCAGGGAAAUUCCAAGGGACAAUACAUCUAUAUUGAGGCUUCACGGCCACGAGUCUCAGGAAACAGGGCCACUCUCAAUAGUGAGACACUAAUCUACACUGGUCAUCAAUGUAUGACAUUCUGGUAUCACAUGUAUGGUGCUAACAUUGGAAUACUCAGAAUCUGGAUCCUCCCCAAUGGAACAGUGAAUCCUAUCCCACUGUGGGAACUACAGAAUACCCAGGGAAAUCAGUGGAAACAGGGACAAAUUGCAUUGCCUAAACAGACUGGGACAUUCAUGAUUUUGAUUGCUGGAACUGUUGGUAGUGGAGUACAGGGAGACAUUGCUGUAGAUGAUAUUUCUUUCACAUCGAAUGUAGGAUGUUCACGUAUGCCUGGUAACGCAGUCCCUACUGUGACUCAGAAGACUACCACAGUCAGCACCACUCCAACAACCAGUACCACGCCAUCGACCACCACCACCACCAUGGCAACCACUGCCAAACCUACAGGAGGAAGAAGCUUUGCUUGUGAUUUUACCUAUGAUUCCUGUGGAUGGACACAAGACAAAUCGGACAAUUUUGAUUGGACAAGAAAGAAUGGAACAACAUCCUCUGUUAACACUGGACCAAAAGGAGAUCACACAACAGGAAUGGGAUUCUAUUACUAUGUGGAGGCUUCUGCCCCUCAGACUUCUGGGAUGAAGGCCCGCUUUAUCAGCCCUGUAGUACAGAUUCCUGCAGGAAGCCAGCAGUGCUUCACGUUUUACUACAGCAUGUUUGGAGACCAGGUGGACAAUCUGAAUAUUUACAUGAAGAAAAAUAGUGCCUUGGGGUCAGCUAUUUGGACCAGAAAAGGUAACCAAGGAAGUAGCUGGAUAGCAGGCCAAGUGACCAUUAGUGGACCAGGACCACUCAAUGUGGUGAUUGAGGGCACUAAAGGUCCUGGUUACCGUGGUGAUGUUGGCAUCGAUGAUGUAAACAUAACAUCAGGAGCUUGCAGAGGUCAGAAUUUGAACACAACAGCUAACCCACUGGCAGCUACAACAAUUCCUCAGCUGAGUUGUAAUUUUGAAUCUCAGUCGAUCUGUAACUACAAGCAGCCCUCUUCAGGACUGCAGUGGAAAUGGCAGCAUGGAGGGACCCCCUCAGCCAACACUGGACCUUCGACUGAUCACACCACGGGGACCACCACAGGUCAUUACAUGUACAUCGAAGCAUCUGGAGUAUCUAACCAGGUGGCAAGGUUAACAUCGCUAACGGAAACCCAGACCGGGUCUGCCUGUAUUAGUUUCUGGUUCCACAUGUAUGGACAGAACAUUGGAGCACUGAAUGUCUACACUGCUCAAGGCAGCAAUAUUGGCAGUCCUGUGUGGAGUCGACAGCGAAACCAAGGCAACCGGUGGAACCUGGCUCAAAUUUCCAUUAACCCAUCAAGUCCUUACAGUCUUGUGUUUGAAGCAAAACAUAGAACUGGUUACCAAGGAGAUAUUGCCAUUGAUGACAUUGUUGCUAAACCAGGAAGAUGUGGAGACCCAGGCUCCUGUAGCUUUGAUCAGCGAAAUUUCUGCACAUGGCAGAAUGUCCGAGGAGAUAACUUUGAUUGGUCAGUUCAUGGUGGUGGGACGUCCUCAAGAGGCACUGGCCCUUCUUCAGAUCACACCCUUCAUAAUUCUAAAGGCCUGUAUGCGUAUAUUGAAACCAGUGCUCCACGAAGACGGGGUCAGAAAGCCCAACUUAGGAGUGCUUCCCAAGCCCCGACUGGAAUCUCGGGCAAGUGCUUUAAGUUCUGGUACCACAUGUAUGGUCGAACAAUGGGAACAUUGAAUGUGUAUGUGUCUAAGAAUGUCUCCUCUAACACCCUGCUCUGGACUCUGAGUGGAAACCAAGGAAAUCAAUGGAAAUCAGCUCAGUUAUCCAUAACUAGCACCCAGAGUUAUAAUGUGAUCAUUGAAGGAGUAGUGGGGAGCUCUGUGUAUGGGGACAUUGCUAUAGAUGACCUGUCCUUCUCUGGUGGAGCUUGUGGAUUGUCUCCUGCGAAAGCUCGUCCAAGCUCUGCCACCACAACGACUCUACCAUCCACCACAACCCGACCAGUCACAGCAACUUCCACCGUGGGAGCGUUUAAUUGUAACUUCGAGAGUAACUUAUGUGGCUGGACACAGUUACAAGGAAGGGAUGCUUUUGAUUGGUCAAGACAUAGGGGGUCAACUUCAUCAUCCAACACAGGACCUCCAAGAGAUCAUACCACAGGCCGUGGGUAUUAUGUAUACAUUGAGGCCUCAGCUCCUCGCAGACCUAAUGACACAGCUCAGCUGCAGAGUCCAUCAGUAUCAGCCUCUAGUAACCCACGCUGUCUGACGUUCUGGUACUACAUGUAUGGAGCCCACGUCAACAGUCUGAAUGUGUACAUACCAGCUGGAGCCAAUCUGGGCACGCCCAUCUGGACACGGAAAGGAACACAGGGAAAUAGCUGGAAAAAAGCCCAAGUCACAAUAACUAAAAACAAGCAAUACAAUGUAAUCUUUGAGGGUGUGCGUGGCACUGGUGUUUAUGGAGAUAUUGGUGUGGAUGACAUUUCUCUGUCAUCAUCAGCCUGUGGAGGUUCACCCUCAGGAGCAGGCUCCACCAAUUGUACCUUUGAAGAUGUUUACAUAUGUAAUUACGUGCAGGAUUUAACAGAUAACUUUAAUUGGACUCGAAAGUCAGGAUCCACUGGCAGCCGUGGUACAGGUCCAACAGCUGACCACACGUAUGGUACACCGACUGGUCAUUACAUGUACAUUGAAGCCUCAGCCCCUUCCCGGCCUGGUCAGUUAGCAAGGCUGUUUACCCCAGUUUACACUGCAGUUAGCCAGGAUCAAUGCUUGCAGUUUUACUAUCACAUGUAUGGAAGACAAAUCGGCACCCUUAAUGUUAAGCUGAGGUUAAACAAUGUACUUGGAAGUAGCAUUUGGAGCAAGUCUGGAAAUCAAGGAAAUCAGUGGACCAUUGCUCAAGUGACGAUGCGGAAUUCUCAAAUCAACACACCGACUUACCAGGUAGCUUUUGAGGGGGUGAGAGGAGCCGGAUACCUCAGUGAUAUCGCUAUUGAUGACGUUUCCAUUGUCAAUGGAUCUUGUCAGGCCCCAGGGAGCUGUAAUUUUGAAAGGGGGCGCUGUGAGUGGACAGAAGCACAUUCAGGGGAUGAUUUUGACUGGAAGCAGGGGUCGGGUCGAACCACUUCCUCCGGGACGGGUCCUUCUUCUGACCACACUCUGCAGUCCAACAGUGGUCACUAUCUGUACCUUGAGGCCUCAGCACCAAGAACACAAGGGGACAAAUGUUGGUUGGUUAGCCCAAGAUUUCCUGCCACCAAGAACACCUGUUUCCAAUUCUGGUACAGCAUGAAUGGCAGGAACAUCGGCUCUCUCACUGUGUACAUCUUGUAUCCUGAUGCAGGCACCAAUAACACUGUGUGGUCCAUCAGUGGAGAUCAAGGGAACAGGUGGUUACAAGGACAGGUACCCAUCAGUGCAACAAGAACUUAUCAGGUUGUAGUGGAGGGUAUGAGAGGAAAUGGAUUUGCUGGGGAUAUUGCAUUAGAUGAUGUGUCUUUCUCUUCAUCAACCUGUGGAAUCAGUCCAGCUAAUGCUGUGCCAGCAGGUGUUUCAACCAACCCAGUCACAACCAUGGCCACCACUCAACCAGUACAAGGUCAGCUGAACUGUGACUUCAGUACUGGACCGUGCCUCUGGACACAAGACAAGACUGACCAAUUUGAUUGGACCAAGAAGAGUGGUGCCACAGCCACUGCUAACACUGGACCACCAAAUGACCACACACAGAAAACAUCAGCUGGCUACUACUAUUACAUUGAGACAUCGGCUCCUCGUCGCCGGGGAGACAAGGCUCGCUUUGUCAGUCCUCAGAUCGCAGUGACACAAUCUGACGGUAACAAAUGCUUCAGUUUCUGGUAUUACAUGUACGGUGACCAUGUGGAUCAUCUGAAUGUGUACAUGAACUUGGGUAAUGGUCUUGGACGGCCAAUCUUCACCAAGCAAGGAACACAGGGACAAAAAUGGAUUCAAGCCAGUAUCACUCUUUCCCCAAAAGUUCCUUUUCAAGUGGUUAUUGAGGGAGUUGUAGGCAGAAGUUACCGCGGAGAUAUUGCCAUUGAUGAUGUUUCCUUGUCGGACGGCACUUGUAGUGGAUCUUUCAGUGGUCUGGAUUGUAACUUUGAACAGGCUGACCUGUGUAAUUAUGUCAACAUCCAGGAUAACAAUACGGAUGUAUUUGAUUGGUUUAAAGCCACCGGAACGACUGGAUCACAAGGAACUGGACCAAGCAGUGACCAUACGUAUGGGACAGCAUCUGGCCAUUACGUAUAUAUUGAGGCCUCUGCUCCACGUAAACAAGGAGACAAUGCGAUGCUGAUUUCUGCUCAGCAGCCGUCACCGACAACAGACAUGUGUUUUGAGUUCUGGUACAGUAUGUUUGGAGUAGAAACAGGGACACUGAAUCUGUACAUUAAGUAUGGCAACAAUCUAGGAAGCCCCGUGUGGACCAAGCAAGGGAACCAGGGGCAGCGCUGGAUUCGCGGACAGUAUGGAGUAAAAGCUAACAGCCAAUCCUUUCGUGUCGUGUUUGAAGGAAUCCGAGGGAAUGGCUACAGAGGAGACAUUGCUAUUGAUGAUUUAAAGUUGAAACAAGGACUCUGCAGCACAACAAAUGCUGGCAAUUGUAACUUUGAGAUCGACAAAUGCAGCUGGUCGGAUUUACACACCGAUGAUUUUGAUUGGUUGAGUGGCAGUGGUACCACCACUAGUUCCUCAACUGGACCAAGGAGUGACCACACCACUGGCAAUGCCACGGGAAAGUACCUCUUCAUUGAGACAUCUGCACCCCGUCAUCCUGGAGAUGAGGCGGUGCUGCAGAGUGCCACCUUCCCCUCCACCACAGGUCAGUGUAUGCAGUUCUGGUACAACAUGUAUGGUGCCACCAUAGGGUCUCUAUAUGUCAGUGUACUCUCCCAGGGCUCAAACACCCCUACGAAAGUCUGGGAACUCUCAGGAGCCCAGGGCAAUCAAUGGCUGAAUGGUCAGGUCAACAUUGUCAGUAAUUCUCCCUAUCAGAUACAGAUCACAGGUGUCCGAGGUAAUGCUUACUCUGGAGAUAUUGCUAUAGAUGAUAUCUACUUUGACUUCUCCAUUCCUUGUAACCUGAAGCCAAGCAAUGCUAAUCCUUCACUGUAUACCACCACCAUGUCCACUACACAAGGACUGUCAGCUACUGCUAUCCCAGGCGGAUUUCCUUGUAACUUUGACACUGACACUUGUGGCUGGAUCCAGGACAAGACGGAUAACUUUGAUUGGCGACGUCAGAGAGGAUCCACAGGAUCUCGGGGUACUGGUCCCUCGACUGACCACACCAACAAAACUGGUUAUUACAUGUACAUUGAAACCUCGGCUCCACGCCGCCCGGGAGACAAGGCCCGACUUAUCAGUCCUCCAAUCAAUGGGAAAUAUGCCCAGUGUGUUAGCUUCUACUAUCACAUGUAUGGCCCACAUGUCAAGAGUCUGAAUGUUUACUUGACCAGUGGAAACUCGACAGUAGGGAGUCCCGCCUGGACCAGACAGGGAACACAAGCCAAUGCCUGGGUCAUGGGGCAGCUACAGAUUGCAGGGGGAUCACUCACACAGGGAAUCACAAAUGUGAUCUUUGAAGGUGUCCGUGGCAUCAGUUACCUUGGUGAUAUUGCUAUUGAUGAUGUCUCUCUAACAGCAGGAAGUUGUUCACAAGUUACACCAGUCCCAUCCAUUGGCUCCAUAAUCUCCAAAAUUAACUGUGAUUUUGAAAAUACCAACAUCUGUAACUAUGUACAAGACACCACAGACCGCUUCAACUGGACACGUAAAACUCGAGCCACCAACUCACGAUUUACUGGACCAACAAAUGACCACACAUAUGGGACUUCAACAGGUCAUUACAUGUAUAUCGAAAGCUCUUCUCCUCGUCGCCGUGGUGAUGCAGCCAGAUUAUGGACCCCUAACUUUAACCCCAAGCGUGGUCAGUGCGUCUCUUUCUGGUACCACAUGUACGGCAGGACCAUGGGAACACUCAACAUUUAUGCUGCUGACAUGACAACAACAAACCCUGUCAUUGGCUCACCUAUCUGGACUCUGUCUGGUAACCAAGGAAACGCUUGGAUGCAGGAAUAUAUCAGUCUGCCAACGCCCACAGUAGCUAGUGUUGUGUUUGAAGGAGUAGUGGGGACUGGUUACUUCAGUGAUAUUGCUAUAGAUGAUGUAAAACUUGUGUCUAGUUGUCCAAAUCCAGGUGACUGUAGUUUUGAGAACAGUUUCUGUGGUUGGAGGAACAGUAAAACGGACAAUUACGACUGGGUGCUGAUGAGUGGAGGCUAUUCUGGAACCAACCCUCAUUUCAGUGGUGACCACACUUAUGGUACAGGCAAUGGUACAUACCUCUAUAUCAAUGGAGCCCUGACUCUCCCCAAGGGAAGUAUUGCCCAGAUUGUGUCUCCCACCCUGUCUGCCACCAGCUCGAGUGGGGCUUGUAUGAGAUUCUGGUAUAUUAUCUCUGGAUCCAGCACAAGAAUGAUCAAAGCCUAUGUACAACAGGGUAACACAACCUCAGAUCUGUGGUCUUUAACUUACUCUCGCACUAAUCGGUGGCUCCAGGGCCAGUUCCCCAUCAACAGUGCCACCCCAUACAGAAUCAUCAUGGAAGGAGUAUUUGGGGCCACUAGAAAUGGGUUCCUGGCAUUGGAUGACUUCACUGUCACCAGUGGAACCUGUAGAACAAGUCCACCCGAUGCCAUGACGGGCACCACUCUGUCUCCUCCCCAGACAACUUCUGUCACCACACCCGGACCAACAAAUGCUCCUUCUAAAUGGGACUGUAACUUUGAGUCGGGAUACUGUUCCUGGACUCAGGCAAAGGAUGACCAGUUUGAUUGGACGAGAACGCGAGGCAGUACAGGAACCACCAACACGGGACCUUCCAGCGACCAUACAACAGGUAGUGGUUAUUACAUCUACAUUGAGACCUCUCUCCCUCGUCAUGUUAAUGACACAGCUAGAAUAACGAGCCAGCUCAUCACUCAGAACUCCACCAUGUGUCUGAACUUCUGGUACCACAUGUAUGGUACUUCAGUGCGCACUCUUAAUGUCUACUUAAAAUCGGGUGGUUCACUUGGAACUCCUGUGUGGAGUCGGACAGGGACCCGCAGCAAUCAGUGGUAUUCUGCCUCUGUGGAUGUGCAGAAUUCUGCAUCAUACCAGAUUGUGUUUGAAGGUGUGAGGGGGACCAGCUACAGAGGAGAUAUUGCUCUUGACGAUAUCUCAGUAUCCAUGGGGUCGUGUUCAGGAAUCACAUCCUCUGGUUUGUGCACAUUUGAGGACUCCAGCUACUGUGGCUACCAGCAAGACACUACUGACGAUUUUCAGUGGACGUGGAGGAGCAGACGAACAUCCUCCACUGGCACAGGUCCCACUAAUGACCACACUUAUGGCACUUCUUCAGGACAUUAUUUUUACACGGAGUCUUCACGACCCAGACGACCUCGACAGAAGGCUCGCCUGAUCAGUCCCAAUAACGCAGCCACUUCUGGAUCCUGUGUCAGCUUCUGGUACCACAUGUAUGGAGCCACCAUGGGCACACUCAAUGUGUACGCCCGGUCUGGUGGUGUUCAGGGAAGUGCCAUCUGGACACAGACAGGAAACAAGGGAAAUAAGUGGUUAAAAGCACAGGUUUCAGUCAAACAGCAAGCAACCUGGCAGGUUGUCUUUGAGGGUAUCAUAGGAAACGGUUACCAGAGUGACAUCGCCAUUGACGAUGUCCAGGUUUCCAUUGGUUCAUGUGGGAAUCCGGGAGACUGUAACUUUGAAAAAGGCACCUGCACUUGGAGGAACACAAAUCAAGGAGAUGAUUUUGAUUGGCUAAGGAAGCGAGGUCAAACUGGCAGUCAGUUUACAGGACCCCAGAGUGAUCACACCCAGCAAAAUAGUCAAGGAUAUUACAUGUUCAUCGAGACCUCAGCACCGCGAGUGGCUGGAGACAAAGCAUGGUUGUUGAGCUCUCAGUUUAAUCCUACCUCCUCUUCAGGCUGUAUGUCAUUCUGGUAUCACAUGUAUGGUAGUGACAUCGGUACUCUAAAUGUGUAUGUGAAUGGCAGUAGCAAAGUGUUGUCAUGGACACUAUCUGGUACCCAAGGAAACCAGUGGAAUCAAGGACAGAUUCCCAUUACCAGACAGUCCAGUUCUUAUAUGGUGAUAGUGGAAGGCAUUCGUGGAAAGAAUUAUCAAGGUGAUAUUGCAAUCGAUGACAUCACUUUUACAAAAACAGGAUGUGGAGUGAUUCCAACCAAAGCAAAACCUGGUAACGGCUCAACAACAACUCAAGCACCUGCCACGACAACACCAUUUGUCUCGCAGUCCCAGUAUGACUGUGAUUUUGAGAACAAUCUGUGCAACUGGCAGCAGGAUAUGACCGAUGUAUUUAACUGGACUCGAACUCAGGGACCCACAGGUUCUGUCAGCACCGGACCAACCAAUGACCAUACCAAGGAAAAUGCACAAGGAUGGUACGUUUUCAUCGAGACCUCAUCUCCAAGACACUUAAAUGACAGUGCUCGCCUUUUGUCUGCCUCAGUUCCAGCUAACCAGCAAUACUGCUUACAGUUCUACUACCAUAUGUAUGGAGCUAACAUCAACAGCCUCAACAUCUAUCUCAAGAAAAAUGGACAGCUUGGAAAUGCUGUAUGGACCAAACAUGGUACACAAGGAAACAAGUGGAAUAAGGGUCAGCUCCCAAUAUCUGCCCAGGCAACAUCAUUCAAUAUUGCCUUUGAGGGGCUAGUUGGCACAGGAUACCGUGGAGAUAUUGGACUGGAUGAUAUCAAAUUAAUCACUGGAACUUGUCCCUCAGCUGGUGGAAUUCAGUGUGCAUUUGAAAGCACCAACCUGUGUGGAUGGACUCAGGAUAAAAGUGACCAAUUUGACUGGACACUGAAAGCAGGUCACACCAUUUCCUCUGGAACAGGACCAUCAGCUGACCAUACCUCAGGAACUGCAACAGGUAAAUACAUCUACAUUGAGGCAAGUGCCCCUCGUCGCCGUGGAGACAAGGCCCGAAUCCUCAGCCCAACACUCCCUGGAGGGUCCCCCAUGUGUUUCCAGUUCUACUACCACAUGUAUGGACCACACAUUGGUACUCUGAAUGUGUUUGUCAAGUCUGGUACCUCUGGAUCUAAGAUUGUGUGGAACAAAUCUCUGAAUCAGGGCAACAAGUGGGUGUUUGCCGAAGUGACCAUCCCCCAAAGCUACACAAACUAUCAGGUUGGAUUCGAAGGAAUAGUAGGUAAUGGAUAUGGUGGAGACAUUGCAGUUGAUGAUGUCACAACAUUAGCCCAACCUUGUGGAAGCUCCCAGAGUGGAUGUGACUUUGAAAGUACAUGUUCGUGGACAAACACCCAAACAGGAGAUCAAUUUGAUUGGCUUAAAGGUCAUGGAUCAACAAAUAGUGGACAAACUGGACCAAGCAAUGACCACACACUUGGAAACUCUCAAGGACACUACCUGUUUAUUGAAGCCUCAGCUCCCCGCAGACCAAAUGAUAAAGCUCGACUGGUCAGUCCUGUGUUUCAAGCCACAACCACAAAAUGCCUGAACUUCUGGUUCAAUAUGUAUGGAUCAAAUAUUGGACAUCUUCGAGUUUACAUCCAAUCCCAGAAUGGCACGACUCGUAGAAUUUGGGACCUGUUUGGAGACCAAAGCUCCCAAGCCUGGAAACAAGGAAGAGCGGCCUACUCUAGCCCCACACCAUUUACACUGAUAAUUGAGGGACAGAGAGGCAAUGGCUAUAGAGGAGACAUAGCUAUUGAUGACAUUUCUACAACUGACACGUAUUGUCCAAUCACCCCGCCAGCAGCAUCUACUCCAGACUCGUUCACUCAGGCUCCAGUGUCCACAACAAGUACAACACCCUCGGCUCUUCCCACGCCAUUUGACUGUAAUUUUGAGAGUGGAAUCUGUUCCUACACUCAGGAUAAAUCUGACAGAUUUGAUUGGACAAGAGCAAACGGACCAACAGGAACAGCAAAUACUGGGCCAGCUAUUGACCACACAUUUAAAAAUGCUACUGGACACUACAUGUUCAUUGAAACUUCCAGUCCAAGGCGACCGAAUGACACAGCUCGUUUGAUUUCUCAAACUGUGACCCGAACCACUGGAGCGUGUCUGCGAUUCUGGUACCACAUGUAUGGGACUCACAUUAACACCCUCAAUGUUUACACAAAGACUGCCGGGCAACUGGGAACUCCAGUCUGGAGUCAUACAGGGACUCUAGGAAAUCAGUGGAACCAAGCCAUUGUUAAUAUUGUCAACAACCAGAACUUCCAGCUGGUUUUCGAGGGAGUUCGUGGAACCAGUUACCGUGGUGAUAUAGCCAUUGAUGACAUCACAUACUCCUUCCAGCCUUGUCCUUCAGGAACAAGUUACAGCUGUAACUUUGAAAAUGCCAAGAUUUGUGGUUUUACCAAUGUCCAUGGAAAUGACACUUUUGAUUGGACCAGAUUUGGUGGUAGGACCGGCAGUACUUAUACAGGUCCCACCAGUGACCACACAUAUGGAACAGCAAGAGGACACUACAUGUACACAGAGUCUAGUGCUCCCCGGCGAUAUAGGGACAAAGCCUGGCUGGUCAGUCCAGCUUAUCCGUCCACCGUUGGAUCCUGUCUUAGCUUCUACUAUCAUAUGUAUGGCCUCAACAUUGGAACACUCAAUGUGUAUCUACAGACUGGUUCGAAUUCUCAACAACUUUGGAGCAAAAAUGGUAACCAAGGAAACAAGUGGUUGCUAGCGCAGACCAGUGUCCAGUCACCAAACAGCAAUUACACAAUUACUUUUGAAGGAAUUAUCGGAAAUGGUUACCGUGGAGACAUUGCCAUUGAUGAUGUGUCAGUUGUUCCGGGACUAUGUAGAUUACCAGGAAACUGUGACUUUGAGACAAAAACAUUCUGUACCUGGGUGAAUUUACAGAAUGAUGAUUUUGAUUGGUUGGUUGGCAGUGGUAGUACGAGCAGUACUCUUACUGGGCCCUCCAAUGACCACACACACAACCAGGACAAUAAUGGCCACUAUGCCUUUAUCGAGGCCAGUGCUCCUCGAGUUCCAGGGGAGGUGGCUCGCCUCCAGAGUACCCAGUUCCCGGCCAGCUCUGCCAGGUGUCUGCACUUCUGGUAUCAUAUGUACGGCUCAGGAAUAGGGUCACUAAAUGUGUACGUGGUUAAUAGUGGCGGGAACAAAACUGUGUGGUCCUUAUCUAAAAGUCAGACCAAUCAAUGGCAUCCUGCUCAGGUGGCUGUUACCAGCAAUGUACAGUACAAUGUGAUCUUCGAAGGAAUCCGGGGCUCUUCUUACCAAGGAGACAUGGCUAUAGAUGAUGUAACCUUCUCUGGUAGUAACUGUGCAUUACAACCAGCCAGUGCCAACCCAGCCAAUCAGAAUACCACUCCAAAACCAGUUACCAUGACAACAACAGCCACGGCAACUCCAGCCCCCACUGUGUAUGAUUGCAACUUUGAACAAGGCUUGUGUAAGUGGACUCAGAUUGUUACGGGGGAUCAGUUUAAUUGGACUCGGGCUCAGGGUCCCACUGGGUCUGCACUCACAGGGCCCACCAAUGACCACACCACAGGAACUCGUAAUGGCUGGUAUCUGUAUAUUGAGGCUUCAUCUCCGCGUAGACCAGGGGACAAGGCCCAGCUGACCAGUCCACUAAUUUCAGAUAGACAGACUCGCUGUCUGAGUUUCUGGUAUCACAUGUACGGCACACAUGUCAAUACAUUGAAUGUUUAUGUCAUGAGUGGGUCUCCCACUUUAGGAACACCAGUGUGGACUAAGAAAGGCACACAAGGAAACCGAUGGAUCAAGGCCACGGUCAAUAUAAAACCCACCAUGGCCUACCAGGUUGUCUUUGAAGGAGUCAGGGGCACUAGUUACCGCGGAGAUAUUGCUAUUGAUGACAUCAGAUUGUCUAUGGGACCAUGUCAAAAUAUUGGAGUCGACCCGAUGGCUUGUAACUUUGAGUCUAGUUCAGUUUGUGGUUAUCUCCUGAAGUUGCCAACAGAGAGAUUUAUGUGGGUCUUGCAUACCGGUAACACUGCCUCUUCUGGAACUGGUCCUACAGCUGACCACACUUUGGGCACUCCCAGCGGUCAUUAUGUGUUCAUGGAAUCAUCAGCCCCUAUGGCUCCCAACAACACCGCCCACCUUGUCAGUCCCCAGUACACUCCACAAAAUCCUGGAUCCCCCAUUUGUUUGACAUUUUACUAUCAGAUGUAUGGUCAGAAUGUUGGAUCUCUCAAUGUCUAUCAAACCAAUGGUGGCACUGCUCUUGGUACUCAACCAAUAUGGAGCAGGAACUUCAAUCAGGGCCAACCUUGGCACCAAGGGCAGAUCACUCUCAAUCCCGCAGGCACAUACAGGGUUAUAUUUGAGGGAGUUAGAGGAAAUGGAUACCGAGGAGACAUAGCUAUUGAUGACAUCUCUAGUUCAUCUGGAGCUUGUCAAGUCACAGGUGCCUGUAACUUUGAAUCACCCUGCAGCUGGUCCAACACUCAGGUGAAAGACAAUUUUGAUUGGCUUGUAUCCAGUGGUGGGACCACUAGUCGAUUUACUGGUCCUUCAUUUGACCACACAUUCCAAAACUCCUCUGGCCACUAUAUCUACAUAGAGUCCAGUGCCCCAAGGGUUCAGGGAGAUACAGCUAGAUAUGUUAGCCAGGCCUUCCCUGCUCAGACAAAUGAUGCCUGUCUGAGUUUUUACUUCCAUAUGUAUGGAUCUGACAUUAGCUCACUCAGUGUGUAUGUCCUAACGAACACCACGUCGGAUUCCACUACUAAUGAAGCUCGACUAUGGAAGCUUACGGGACAGGCAGGAAAUUCCUGGCAGCAGGGACAGAUGAACAUCCCCAGUCAGUACUCCGGGAAACCUUUCCAGCUGGUAUUUGAAGGUGUCCGGGGUACAGGAUAUAAAGGGGACAUUGCUGUGGAUGACAUCUCCGUGGACCUGACAUCAGGGUGUACAACCACCCCAGAUAUAGCUAAACAAAGUGGAUAUGGAAAUGUUAGGUGUGAUUUUGAUUAUAAUGGAAUCUGCAAUUGGAAGCAGAGUACAGCAGACACAUUUGACUGGUCAUUAAACAAUGGCACAACCCCGAGUCGGGGGACUGGACCCCUUGCAGAUCACACCCAGAAUCAAGAUCCUAAUGGUGGAACUUCAGUUGGUAACUACCUAUACCUGGAGGCCUCUGGUCAUCAUAACAACGACUAUGCAGUUCUCUUGUCCCCCAUCAUUCCACCGACAGGCAUGUCAGGUUAUUGUUUCACUCUCUGGUACCACAUGUUUGGACCUAACAUUGGUGUAUUCAGUGUCUACAGUAUGAUUGGAGGGAAGAAAAUCCUCCAGUUUACUAAAAGAGGGACACAGGGAAAUCAGUGGAAACAAGCCGUGAUUAACGUCAAUAGUACAACUGAUUUCCAGCUGAUGCUCCAGGGCUCUGUGGGCAAUGGCUGGGCCGGAGACAUUGCUAUAGAUGACAUUAAGUUUGAUAGCCUACCCUGUGUCAACUCCUCCCUGCCUCAACAAGCAUCAACUUCAACUCAUUGUGACUUUGAGACUGAUACAUGUGGUUGGAUGCAAGAUACAACAGAUGACUUUGAUUGGCUAAGGCACUCCAAUAACACAGGUAGUUUUGGCACUGGACCAGUAGGUGACCAUACAACAGGAGCUGGCACUGGUUACUACAUGUACAUCGAAGCCUCCAGACCCAGAAGACGUGGACAAAAAGCUCGCUUUGUGAGCCCGAACCUCCCCAGCUCUACCGGAGAAUGUCUGACCUUCUACUACAACAUGAACGGCAGAACCAUGGGUACGCUCAAUGUGUACGCUCAGGCAUCUGGGUCUCUGGGUAGCCCUGUGUGGACCAAAUCAGGGAAUCAAGGAAGCAAAUGGCAGGUGGCCCAGGUCACUCUCACCAGUUCCAGCCAAUUUCAGGUUGUGUUUGAGGGGGUGGUGGGCUCCUCCUACUUCAGUGAUAUAGCUAUUGAUGAUGUCUCCAUUGUCCCUGGUUCCUGUCCCUCUCCUGGCUCCUGUAACUUUGAACAAGGAUUGUGUGGCUACUCCAAUGUUCAGGGAGAUGAAUUUGAUUGGACGAGAAGUAAGGGCCUGUCUCCCUCUUACUACACUGGACCCACUGUAGAUCACACCACAAACUCGGGUUCUGGGUACUAUGUGUUCAUUGAGACCAGUAAUCCGCAGAAGCGUGGAGAUCGAGCAUGGCUGAAAAGCUCCUCAUUGACUCCGACUACAGGAAAAUGUCUGCAGUUUUGGUAUAGCAUGUAUGGCAGUGGAGUAGGCACCCUUAAUGUGUUCCUGGUGUAUGGAUCAUCCAACAGAACUCUCUUCACGGCCUCAGGUAACAAAGGUCAAGGCUGGCUUCAGGGUCAAGCCACAAUAACGACAAAUUCUCCCUAUAACAUUGUGUUUGAGGGAGUCAGAGGGGCAGAUUACCAUGGGGAUAUUGCUUUGGACGACAUCAAGUUAUUGGACGGAACUUGCAACCUCCAAACCACUCCCUCAUCAGUGUCAACUCCGCCCACCCCUGGACCUUCAGCAGCUCCCUUGCUGAUUUGCAACUUUGAGAGUGAUUUCUGUAACUGGCAACAAGACAAGACGGAGAACUUGGACUGGACCCGGGACUCGGGUGGAACAGCCUCCAGAGGCACUGGGCCAUCAUUUGAUCAUACCACCGGGGGCAGGACCGGCUACUACAUUUACACUGAAGCCAGCGUCAAUAACAACAAAACAGCCCGACUUCUCAGUCCCUCUCUGUCUGUGUCUGGCGUUGUCUGUGUGAACUUCUGGUAUCACAUGUAUGGGGCAAACAUCAACAGGAUCAACCUGAGACUGAAGCACGCUGGAAGACUUGGUCAGCCACUCUGGACAAAGAUUGGAAAUCAGGGAAAUCAGUGGUUUAAUGCUAAAGUGGACUUGCUUUCUCAGAAUGGAGAUUUAGUUGUGUUUGAAGGCAUUACAGGGCGUGGGUACCAGGGCGACAUGGCACUGGAUGACAUUUCUGUUCUGAAUGGUCCUUGCAAUGUUGGCCCUUCAACCUUUUGUGACUUUGAGGAUGUCAGCAUUUGUAGCUACCAACAAGAUCCAACAGACAACUUUGAUUGGACAAGAAAGGCUGGAAGGACCACCUCCACUGGAACAGGACCCACAAAUGACCACACCUAUGGCACCAGUGCUGGCCAUUACAUGUUCACUGAAUCAUCAUCACCACGACGACAGGGCGACAAAGCCCGCUUACUGAGUCCGCAGUACCCUGCUACCAAUGGCCAGUGUCUGACAUUCUGGUAUCACAUGUAUGGACUUAACAUCGGAAUGCUGAAUGUUUACACCAGCUCUUUCAACAAACUCAGUGCAGCUCUGUUUACAAUCUCCGGUGACCAAGGCAACCAGUGGCGCCAGGCUCAACUGACCAUGCAAGUACAGGAAGCAUAUAAGAUUGUGUUUGAGGGAGUGAUUGGUACUGGUUACAGAGGAGACAUCUCCAUUGAUGACAUCAAACUGACCCCCGGAGCUUGUGCAGGAUUGGCUAGCUGUGACUUUGAAUCUGACCUUUGUGGGUGGGUCCAGAGGCAGGAUGACAAAUUUGAUUGGAUCAGACGAUCUGGACGCACCCCUACAUUGAUGACAGGUCCAGCAAUUGAUCACACAAUAGGAUCUUCAUCAGGAUUUUACGUUUACAUGGAGUCCAGUCCGCCCAGAAAGCGAGGAGACAAUGCAGUGCUCUCCUCUCAGAUUAUCCCUGUGGCACCCUACUGUUUUAAGUUCUGGUACUACAUGUAUGGAUCCAAUGUCGGCAGUCUUAACAUCUCACAAGUGUUCUCUGGUAACCCACCAACCAAAACCCUAGUGUGGUCCACAAGUGGUGACCAAGGACCGCGGUGGAAGAGUGGCAAUGUCAGCAUGAGUAAUGCUUACGCUGACUUCUAUAUCUAUGUUGAGGCUGAUGUUGGUGGCGGUACCCAGGGAGACAUUGCAGUUGAUGAUUUCAUUCUAGACAACUUUGAUUGUUCUGCAGAGCCAAAGACCAAUGGCACCUUCCAAUGUAAAGAUCCUCUGAAAACCCUGAUUCCACAAACCAAAGUUUGUAACUUCAUCAGGGACUGUUCUAAUGCAGCUGAUGAGGCUGACUGUGGAGCCUGUGAUUUUGAGCAGGACUUCUGUACCUGGGUAGCGACAGGAACUGGGUCGUUUGCUUGGUUACGAGGAGGCAACAAGACGGCCACUGCCAACACUGGGCCGCGUUAUGACCACACCAUUGGUAACGCUGCAGGUCACUACCUGUACAUUGAUGCCAGUUACGGUUCCAUCACUAGUCAGGCUGAGCUGACCGGGCCCACUCUACAGGCCUGCAGUUCCACGUGUCAGUUCCAAAUGUGGUACAACAUGUACGGUACAGGUAUAGGUGUACUGAGUGUUCUGAUCAGAGAAAAUAACAGGGACACAGAAAUCUGGAGACGAUCUGGUAACCAAGGCCAAAACUGGCAGAAAGCAAUCAUUGACAUUGGACGGGUUGAUGGAGCAUUCCAGCUCCUGAUCCGGGCGACCCGGACCUACAGUGUGCAGGGAGACAUCGCUAUUGACGACUUCCAACUCAUCAACUGCAACUAUCCAGCUGCUCAGGCCACCUGUCCUUCCCCUUACCAGUUCCACUGUACGGUCAACAAGGGCUGCGUACCAGACAAACAGCGUUGCGACUACAGCGAUGACUGUGGAGACGGCUCUGAUGAGGCCCCUUCUUCUUGCAAAUAUUACCCUGCCUCGUGCAACUUUGAGAGAAGCAUCUGUAGUUGGACUCAAGAUAAAACUGAUAAAUUUGACUGGACGAGAGCUAAUGGUCACACUGCAACAUACGGAACAGGUCCAUCCCGUGAUCACACUCGGGGAACAGCCUCGGGCUAUUACAUGUUCAUUGAGUCCUCAUCACCCCGCAGACGUGGAGAUAUGGCCCGUCUUAUCAGCCCGUUGUUCACUGCGGUACCGCCCACCCAAAACACAUGUCAGCUGCGAUUUUUCUACCAUAUGUUUGGUCGCAGCAUUGGAUCAUUGAAUGUUUAUACUAGAGAAACAGUCACUGGACCGAUGAAAAAGAUUUGGUCUAAAUCGGGAAAUGUUGGAGAUUUCUUUGAACGAGUUGAUCUAACUAUCAAUGAAAACAAACCGUUUCAGGUUGUCAUUGAGGGAGUAGUUGGCAGUUACUCGGGAGACAUUGCUAUUGAUGAUGUAUCCAUGACACCUGGUUGUGUAUUGAUGAAUGGCACCCUUCCCACUGGGUUACCGACCCCUCCCACCACACCUAAUCCAUGUGGUAACAACAGUUUUGCCUGCAAGUCGGGGCAAUGCAUACCAUCCUCUCAGGUGUGUGAUUUUGCACCCCAGUGUUCAGAUGGAUCAGAUGAAGCAAGCUGUGGUACCUGCACUUUUGAAAAUGGCCAGUGUGGAUGGAACGAUGUCAGCAGUGGACGUUACAAUUGGCACAUCUUCCAGGGAUCCUCACCAGGAACAGGGGGUCCUAAAACUGACCACACUAAUGGUACUGCUGCUGGUCACUACAUGCUGGUGGAAGGAUCCACGGGAGUGUUCUACAGUCGAGCUCGCAUGGAGACACCACCUCUAGGAGCCACCGGCCCUAGCUGUCGUGUGUCUUUCUAUUACCACAUGUUUGGACUGGGAGCAGGAAAUAUCCGUGUCUUGAUCGUAAACAGCAACAAUCCAAGUGACAAGACCUACAUCUUCUCACAGACCAACAACCAGGGUAGUGGCUGGCAACAAGGAAGUGCAGACAUUGGUCAGCUCUCAGCUGGAUAUAAGGUGCAAUUUGAGGCCAACCCAACAAAAUCUUUUGCUCCUAACUCUGGUAUUCCCAACUCAGACAUGGCCAUAGAUGACGUUGUAUUUCAACAGUGUAGCCCAGUCACCAUAUUCAAUGCAUCAGCCAAUGUACUGAAUUGUACCUUUGAGUCUGGAUUCUGUGGAUACAUCCAGAACCAAAAAGAUGAUUUUGAUUGGACGAGAAGUAACCUCCAUUCACCCACCGUGGGAACAGGACCAGAUCGAGACCACACCACGGGGAAAGGAUACUAUAUCUACAUUGAGACUUCUGCCCCCAGACGCCAAGGUGAAAGGGCUAUAAUCUCCUCUGGUAUCAACAAAGCCACACCCACUUCUGGAAUGUGUUUAAAAUUCUGGUAUCACAUGUUUGGAGCCCAUGUCAAUACACUGAAUGUUUACCAACAGACUCCAAAUGGAAACAGGUCACUUAUCUGGACUCAAUCCGGAACACAAGGAAAUGUCUGGAAACAAGGAUUACAAAGCAUCAACAGUCCUCAGCCCUAUGAAGUUGUGUUUGAAGGAGUAGUUGGAAGCAGUUGGCAAGGAGACAUUGCCUUGGAUGACAUCAGCGUCGUAUAUGGAGCAUGUCCUCCUAAACGAAUAUGUGACUUUGAGGCUGGGUUCUGUGAUUGGACACAGGACAUAAAUGAUGACUUUGAUUGGACAAGAACAAGAAAUGGAACCCUCUCUAAAUACACAGGUCCACCAUAUGACCACACAACUGAAAGUCAGUACGGCUACUUUAUCUACAUCGAGUCAUCAGCCCCAAGAUCAAAGGGAGACAAAGCCAGAAUUGUCAGUAAGGUCUACUUACCAACAUCAAAUGGAGACUGCCUACAAUUCUGGUACUACAUGCAGGGGAAUAAUUCAGGAGAACUCAAUGUUUAUCUACGUCCCAAUAGUGGCAAUCCAGACAUACUGUUGUUCAAUAGGACAGGGGACCAACAAGUUUAUCGCUGGUUGUACCAGGCGGUGACUGUCAAGUCUAAGGGCGUGUUCCAGCUUGUGUUUGAAGGGGUGGUUAGUAAUGGGUACAUGGGUGACACGGCUCUCGAUGAUAUCAAGAUCCUGCCAGGCCAGUGUCCCCAGCCAGGCUCCUGUGAUUUUGAGAUUGAUACGUGUGGGUACAGUAACACACGGAAGGGAGACAACUUUGAUUGGCAGAGGAGUGCUGGUGCCACAUUGACACCCAACACGGGACCAACGGUAGACCAUACCACUGGCUCAGACAGAGGAUUUUACAUGUACAUUGAGUCUACCGGCAGAAAUCGGGGCCAGAGAGCUUGGUUAUACAGUCCGUAUUUUCCUCGAACCUCGGCUUCGUGUGUCAGCUUCUGGUACAACAUGAAUGGACCAAAUGUGGGAGCCCUGCGCCUGUACAAACCUGACAUUUCAAGGAGGAGUGUGAUGGUUUGGAAUGCCACAGGUAACCACCAGAAUAUCUGGCUGCAGGCUAACGUGGAUGUCGCAAGCUCUGUGGGCUUCCAGAUCACAUUUGAUGGAGAAGUAGGAAAUGGCUUUUCUGGAGACAUUGCCAUUGAUGAUGUUAUGAUCCAAAGUGGAACUUGUGCCUCACAAACCACAGCCAUGACUACACCAAUGGCAGUAUCCACUGUGUCGUACCCCCCCACCAAGUAUGACUGUACGUUUGAUGGUCCCACCCCCUGCCAGUGGACCCAAAAUUCUAAUGAUCAGUUUAAUUGGAGCACUCAUUCUGGAGGAACUUCAUCAGGUUUUACAGGACCCAAGUUUGACCACACCCUUCAAAGUAGCCGAGGUAAAUACAUAUAUACUGAGGCCAGUGGAAGGCAUCCAAAUGACACAGCUCAAUACGUCAGCCCUCAGAUGCCAUUAGACAGUACAGGAAAGUGUAUCAAAUUCUGGUACAACAUGUAUGGAUCAGACAUCAACCGACUCAACGUGUACGCUAAUGCAUAUGGUAAUAUGGGAACAGCUAUUUGGACUAAGGUUGGAAAUCAGGGACUGCAAUGGAAGUUUGCAUCUGUCUUCAUCAAUCUGACAUCACUUACUCCUCCAAGAAACACACAAACAAACAUACAGGUUGUGCUGGAAGGUGUAAUAGGAAAAGGCUACAAAGGAGAUAUUGCAGUAGAUGACAUUUUUGUCAAUACAGGAUCUUGCCCACCGUCUGACACUUGUGACUUUGAAGACCAGAAUGUUUGUGGAUAUACACAGGACAAAACCGAUGACUUUGAUUGGGUCAAAGACAAUGGUGGCACGACAACGCGUGGCACAGGGCCCAGUGUGGAUCACACCUACGGAACAAAAGAUGGCUAUUACAUGUACAUUGAGACAUCGGCCCCGAGACGUCCUGGUCAGAAGGCCCGCCUCUUGUCACCCACAUUCCCGCCCACCACCGGUCGCUGCAUGACAUUCUUCUACCAUAUGUAUGGCACAGUCGGAACUCUCAAUAUUCGUCUCUUCUCCCAGGGUACUCUCAGACCUGCAAUCUGGACAAGGUCAGGGAACCAGUACAACAUGUGGCGUAUUGGACAGAUCACGCUCAACAGUGAUACACCAUAUCAGAUUACAUUUGAGGGAAUCCGUGGAAGAUCGUAUCUUGGUGACAUUGCAAUCGAUGAUGUCAGCAUUGUAGAUGGAGCCUGUCCAGCACCUGGUAGCUGUAACUUUGAAACAGAUUUUUGUACCUGGACCAAUACAAUGACUGGUGAUGAUUUUGAUUGGCUGAGAAACAAGGGGGCCACAGGAAGUGCUAGAACUGGCCCCUCAGUGGACCACACUGUUGGAAAUGCUAAUGGAUACUAUGCCUAUAUUGAAGCUUCAGCUCCACGUAAGCCAGGAGACAAAGCCAUUUUACAGUCCACCACUCUGAAUGCCACCUCUGCCAGCUGUCUCUCUUUCUGGUACCUGAUGUAUGGAACCCAAGUGGGCUCUCUCAGCAUUAGAAUGGAGUCCGUACGCUCCACUCAGUAUGGAAAUGCCAUCUCUCUGUGGUCCAAUACAGGCAACACGGGACAGAAGUGGCUCCAAGCCAGUGUUAACAUCACCAGCCGAUUCGAGUACAUUUUAACCUUCACAGGAGUAGAGGGUCAAGGAUUCGCAGGGGACAUUGCAAUUGAUGAUAUCAGUCUAACCACUGGAACCUGUUCUGGGUCAUUUGGACCAAAAUUCUUCAGUUGUGGGGAUGGAACUACUUACACCCAGAGCCAGCAGUGUGAUUUCAACAAAGACUGCAGUAACGGAGUCGAUGAGAAGAACUGUGGAAAUUGUACGUUUGACGGAAGCACAGGACUUUGUGGCUGGUUUGACAACAGUGCUGGAUCCUUCCGCUGGGAAAGACACAACAAUGGAACAGAGACUGCCAAUACCGGUCCCUCCAGUGACCACACUUAUGGAGAUGCUACCCAUUAUUACAUGUAUGUUGAUGCCAGCAAUGGAAAAGCCAACUCGCUUGCCACUCUGAGAGGCCCCACUCUCCAACAGGCAGCCGAUACCUGUCAGAUGUCAUUUUACUAUCAUAUGUAUGGUAACCACAUUGGUCGAUUAUAUGUCUAUAUUGUCACAGGAGGAACAUCGACACGCCUGUCAAGCUUUUACAGAAAUCAAGGCAACCAAUGGAAUUUGUACACUGUCAACAUUGGUCGUAGGACUGCUCCUUUCAGCAUUGAGUUCCGUGCCUAUCGUAGCUACACAGUGAUUGGAGACAUUGCAAUUGAUGAUGUUUCUUUUGUGAAUUGUGGACUUCCUCCAAUACAGAGCUCAUGUCCCUCCACUCAGUUCACUUGCCAGCGUGGAUCCUGUGUAGACAUGUCUCGAGUCUGUGACUACACUGAUGACUGUGGAGAUAACACAGAUGAAAUUGGACCAAAUGCUCACUGUGACCAGUUCCCAUCUCGCUGUGACUUCUCUACCUCUCUGUGUGACUGGGUGCAGGACAGGGGAGAUAAGUUUGACUGGACCAGACGAAAUGCUCCCACUCCAUCAGUAUCCACAGGACCUUCUAGGGACCACACCACUGGGCUCCGAUCUGGCGGGUACAUCUACAUAGAGUCCUCCAGGCCCAGAAGACUUGGAGAUAAUGCUGUUCUCCUCAGUAGCAUGUACAGCACAGCACAAACCCAAGACCAGUGUAUGAUUACAUUCUAUUACAAUAUGAAUGGUCGAACCAUGGGGACUCUGAAUGUAUACACACUUGACAUCAACAAACAUCUAAGUAAAGUGUACACCGUGUCUGGAAAUAGGGGAGAUGUGUGGGUGAAGACCACUGUCAAUCUCAUCAGUCCAUAUCCAUUCCAGGUCUUGAUGGAGGGAGUGGUAGGAAGCGGUUACUACAGUGACAUUGCUGUUGAUGACACAGUCUUCAGUAAAGGCUGCAAGAAAACAAACCAGACCUUUGCCACCUCUAUAACUAUUCCUCCGACUGUUUCAACUGUCAGCCCAUGUGGAAGUGGAAAUUUUCAGUGUGCUGACCAGACUACCUGCAUACCAACCCAGAAAGUCUGCAAUUGGAUUGCUGACUGCACAGAUGGAUCAGAUGAAGCAACAUGUGGACCCUGUAACUUUGAAAAUGGAUUGUGUGGAUGGAAUGACCUCAGCACUGGACGUUACAAUUGGACCAGACACUCUGGAUCACAGAACACUGGAAAUGCUGUUGGACCUCAAACUGACCAUAGCACCAACACUUCUGGUGGAUAUUAUGCUUAUGUGGAAGGAACUUACAGAGUAUUCUUGAGUCGAGCUGUACUUCAGAGUCCACCUCUGCCACCUGCAUCAGACACUUGUGAAAUGUACUUCUACUACAACAUUAAUGGACAAAACACAGGAAGCUUAAUUGUUAAUGCCUUAGUCAACAGUACCAAGAAAACUCUAUUGCUAUUAAGUGGAAACCAUGGAUCUGCAUGGCAGAAGGGAACUGCAUACAUAGGCAAGUCCCUUGGAAAGACUACUGGCCAGUUCAGUAUCGUCUUUGAAGUCCUUCCAUCGAGGGGCUUCUCUGCCUCCACCACUUCUGAUAUAGCUAUUGAUGACAUCACCUUUGCCAACUGUUAUCCACUUGCUCCACCUCCAAACCUUGCUUGUGAUUUCUCUCAAAAUUUCUGCAAUUGGAACCAGGCUGUAGAUGAUGACUUUGACUGGUCCAGACUGAAUGGAUCCACCAAGAGUGUAGGAACAGGUCCAAAAUUUGACCACACUACAGGAACAGGACAAGGAUUCUAUGCAUUUAUCGAGACUUCAGCACCGAGGCAUAAAGGAGAUGUAGCUAUCCUUGAUAGUGCCAAUCUGCCCCCCACACCUCCCCAAGGCCAUUGUCUGACAUUUUGGUACUAUAUGUUUGGAAACAACAUUGGCAGUCUCAAUAUUUACCUUGUGACAAACAACAACAGAACUCUGUUUUGGUCUAGAAAUGGAACCCAGGGUGAUGCUUGGAAAAUGGCACAGAGACAGGUCAUAUCCAAUACUGACUUCCGACUUUCAGUCAAUGGCGUUGUUGGUAAUGGAUACCGAGGUGACAUUGCUAUUGAUGAUUUCAAUAUAACCAAUGGUGUGUGCCCACCACAGCCUGGAUGUGACUUUGAAGAUGGUACCUUCUGUGAUUGGACAAACUCGCAAAUGGAUGAUUUUGACUGGACAAUUGGCCAGAAUGGCACAGCAUCUGUAGGAACAGGUCCUCCAUUUGACCAUACAUUUGGAUCCAACACUGGUCACUUUGCCUAUAUUGAGAGUUCAGCUCCAAGACAACCCAAUGAUCAGGCCAUUUUGGUCAGUAGGUUCUACGAUGGUGGAGCUGCCAGAUGUUUACGGUUCUGGUAUCACAUGUAUGGAACCAGCAUUGGUUCUUUGAAUGUGUAUCAAGGUAACAAUGGUUCUCAGAUCCCAGAUCAAGUUUGGACAAGAAAUGGAGACCAGGAGAAUAUAUGGAGGAGAGCUACAGUAUCACUGAAGACUAGCCCAGGCAAGCAGUACCAGAUUCUCAUCAAAGGAGUUCGAGGGAUAGGAUACAGGGGUGACAUUGCCAUUGAUGAUCUUCUGGUCACAGAUGGCCGGUGCCCACCAGAUGGCUCCUGUACUUUUGAACAGGACACUUGUGGAUGGACUAAUGCAUUGACCGGAGAUGAUUUUGACUGGCUUAGAGAUUAUGGAGGAACACCAUCUACCACAACCGGACCGAGUGAAGACCAUACCCUAGGAACCAAAGCAGGCUACUACAUGUACAUUGAAUCUUCUGGAAAUAAUAGGAAAGUUGGAGAAAAAGCCUGGCUGGUCAGUGACAUUCUUACAAGAACUGUGGGCAGCUGUCUCUAUUUCUGGUAUCACAUGUAUGGAGCUGGCAUUGGAUCACUGAAUAUCUACAAACAGGACUUCUUCAACAAACAGAAAACCAUGGCCUUCAGUCUUAGCGGCAACCAAGGAAAUACAUGGCAUCAGGCCGCAGUAAACUUUGUGUCUAAUCAUGAAUACAGUAUAAUAUUUGAAGGAGUUUAUGGUGGAAACUAUACAGGUGACAUUGCCAUUGAUGAUAUCCUUAUUUCUGCAAACCCUUGCUCUGCCACAACACCAACAUCUGCUAUCUCUAUGGGAACAACCCCUGCAGUCUUCCCCAGAACAGCGGUGGACUGUGACUUUGAGUCAGGUCUCUGCUCUUGGAACCAAGAUGUAGGAGAUGAUUUCAAUUGGACAAUGAAAAAUGGAUCAACCAGUUCAGGUGGCACUGGACCAGUAUCUGACCACACAUUGAAAAAUAAUCUAGGCCAUUACAUCUACAUUGAAGUGUCAGGAAAGCUCCCAAAUACAACAGCUAGAAUAAUUAGUCCCUCUGUGUAUGUCAAGUCUGCUGGUGUGUGCCUGAAAUUCUGGUACAACAUGCAUGGAGCUCACAUCAACAAUCUCAACCUAUAUGUCCAAAAUGUGUCCUCCACAAGGAGACAGCUCCUGUGGAACAAGCAUGGAAACCAAGGAUUAUUCUGGAAAUAUGCCCAGGUCCAUCUCCAAAGUCAAGGACAAGUGAAGUUUGUGUUUGAGGGUGUAGCAGGUGUCAGUUACCAAGGAGAUAUUGCUCUGGAUGACAUUUCACUAAACCAGGGUUUAUGUCCAGGGUCCUUGACUUGUGACUUUGAGUAUGGAAUGUGUGGAUAUACCCAAGAUGUGUCUGAUCAAUUUGACUGGGCACUACAUUCAUCAAGUACAGCUAGCAGAGGCACUGGACCAGUAAGCGAUCAUACCUAUGGAACGGCAAGUGGGCAUUAUGUGUACAUUGAAUCGUCUGCUCCAAGGAGAAGGAAUGACAAAGCAAGAAUUGACAGUCCAUCCUUCCCUGCCACCUCAGGUACUGGAUCUUGUCUAACAUUUUGGUACAAUAUGUACGGAAGAAACAUUGGUGCACUGAAUAUGUAUCUGAAACAAGGAACCUCCAGUCAGCUUCAAAAUCCUAUUUGGACGAUGUCAGGAAAUCAGGGCAACAAAUGGAGGAUUGCACAGAAGUCUAUUAACAGCCCAGCGGCAUUCAGGCUGACUUUUGAAGGAGUUAUUGGCAAUGGAUAUGCUGGGGAUAUUGCAAUCGAUGAUAUCAAGCUGGCCAGUGGUGCCUGCCCACCUCCUGGAAGCUGUGACUUUGAGAGUGAUGUGUGUACUUGGACCAAUGUCCAGCAAAAUGAUACUUUUGACUGGGAGAGAGCUAGGGGAACUACUGCAAGUACAGGCACUGGACCGUCCACAGAUCAUACACUGAAGACUAUUUAUGGUACCUACAUCUAUAUCGAAGCUUCUGCUCCAAGAAAACGUGGUGAUAAGGCAUGGCUUGCCUCCCAAACAUUUGAGAGUUCAAAGACCCCAGUUCGCUGUAUGACUUUCUGGUACAAUAUGUAUGGAGUACAAAUGGGAACCCUCAACAUCUAUCAGUAUUUUUUUACAUCCACUCCAAACUCAGUGUUUACUCUCACAGGAAACCAAGGUCGGGGAUGGAAACAAGGCAAUGUAGAGUUUACAUCAACUAAUGGUAGAGAUUACCAGAUACUGAUAGAGGGUGUAGUGGGUGGUGUUCUAGGAGACAUUGCUAUUGAUGAUAUUUCCAUCACAGCUGGACACUGUAUCAAUCCAACAAUUAACCCAACUUGUCCCUUCAGAUGUGGCAAUGGACAGUGUUUGACAAGUAUCAACAGUGUCUGUGACUUCAACAGUGAUUGUCCAAAUGGUGAGGAUGAAUCGAAUUGUGGCUUUAACUGUGAUUUUGAGCCGAGUCAUCCAUCCUGUAAAUGGAACAGCACCUCAUCAGGAUUCCAGUGGAUUACAUCCAAAGGAUCAUCCUCCACUCAGAAUACCAACCAACCUAGGACUGACCAUACAACACUGGGACCUAAUGGGUAUUACAAGUAUGUGGCCCCCAAGGCAGGAGUAUAUACAAGACUAGCAGAUUUAACAAGUCCAGUGAUUGGCCAAUCAUCAACCACCUGUCAGCUGACUUUCUGGUAUCAUAUGAAAGGCAGCCAAAUCCUCCGAGUGUAUCUGAAAGAGUUAACUGGUUUCACUAGAACUCAAAUUUUCUAUCUGUCUGGAGACCAGGGCAAUGUGUGGAAGCAGGCCAUUGUUCCUAUUGGAAGAAUGCACUCCCAAUUCCAGGUGAUCAUUACUGGACAGCGAACUUACAGUGGUGUGGGUGACAUUGCAGUAGAUGACAUCAGCUUCCAAGGCUGUGCAUUCCCAACCUCUUCUUCAUGCAACUCAUUUGUGACAUUUAAAUGUACAAGUGGAGCCUGUGUCUCCCAGAAUCGGGUGUGUGAUUAUUCUGAUGACUGUGGGGACAAUACAGAUGAGGCCAACAACACCUGCUCUGCCUACAACAGAUGUAACUUUGAACAUGGCCUUUGUGACUGGACUCAGCUUACAGAUGAUGAUAGAGACUGGACUCUCCGCAGUGGUCCAACACCAUCAGCCUUGACCGGACCGACCAAAGAUCAUACUCUGAACUCUAAUACUGGACAUUAUCUCUACUUAGAGACCUCAAGACCGGUCAAACCAGGACAGAAAGCAAGGAUUGCCAGUCGCACCUUCCAAGCAUCUAGUGCUCAACCCUACUGCCAAUUCCGAUUCUUCUACUACUUGUAUGGUAGAGAUGUAGACACACUUACUGUCUACUACAGAAAUCAGAUAAAUGGGCCAUUAUUUAAUGUUCUCUCCGUGCAUGGAAAUAUUGGCUCCUACUAUGCCAGACAAGUGGUCAACAUAAGAUCCUCCUCUCCAUUCCAGGUAGUGAUAGAAGCAACAGCAGGAGCUUCCUAUCUGUCUGAUAUUGCCAUUGAUGAUGUUUCUUUCUCUUCAGACUGUCACCCAUAUCCAGGAGUCUUACCCUUAGGAACGCCUGCCACCACUGUUCCCACUACUCUAGGACCAUGCAAAGGAGGUCACCAAUGUGGUGAUAUGACCUGUGUGACUCCCUAUCAAGUCUGCGACUUUAUACCUCAGUGCAAUGACAGGUCAGAUGAGGCAGCUUGUGGGCAGUGUAACUUUGAACAAUCAAGUUGUGGAUGGGCUCCUGUACAAGGUGGACGAUACAUCUGGAAGAGGCAUAAUUCCUCAACCCCAACUUCCUUCAAUACGCCUCAAAAUGAUCACACUUAUGGAACCUCUCAAGUAGGAAACUACAUGUUUAUUGAUGGUUCCUCUGGUUCCUAUGCCUCGGACACUAGAUUGGUUUCACCAGUGUAUGGCAAUCUGAGUGCCUCGUGUACCGUGUCUUUUGCUUACUACACCAACGUAGGACCAUUCAGCAAGUUAAGUCUCUUCUUGUAUCCUCCAAAUUCUGACCCAACAACUGCCAGUAGCUCCAACUUCUACAGGUUGUGGACAUCAUCAAGAAAUGUGGGCAGUCAAUGGCAAAAUGCCACUGUAGGAAUUGGCAGUCGAAGUCCAGGAUACAGGUUAGCUUUCGUUGCAAGAAACUUUGACAGAAAUAGAGGAGGCAUAGCCAUUGACGAUGUGAUCUUUAAUACAUGUGCACUAGGACAAAUUGGUCAAUGUGCUCCCAAUCAGUUUAAAUGCUUGAGAGGAUCUUGUGUGGACAUGUCAAGAAGAUGUGACUUCUCCAAUGACUGUGGUGAUAAUUCAGAUGAGAUUGGAUGCAGUAACUAUGUGGAAAGAUGCAACUUUGAAACUGACAUUUGCAACUGGGUACAAGACAUCAGUGACAGAUUUGACUGGACAUGGAAACAAGGAACCACUGCCACUCCAGGAACGGGACCAAACUUUGAUCAUACGUAUGGGACCUCAUCUGGACAUUAUGUCUACAUUGAGACAUCUUCACCACGUUUACCAGGUGAUACGGCACGUUUGAUAUCGCCAGUGUUUCAGGCUAAUUCCCAGGCUGGCUUGUGUCAGUUAAGAUUCUUCUAUCACAUGCAUGGACAAGACGUGAAUGAAUUAAAUGUGUAUUUCGAAAAAUAUGAAAUGGGACCAAGAAUAUUAAUCUAUCAGAGAAAUGGUUCUCAGCCUGACAUGUGGAUUCAUGCAAUGAUUGACCUAACCAGCAUGCUCCCUUUUAGAGUGGUGAUUGAAGGUGUUCGUGGUAAAGGUUAUCAUGGAGACAUUGCCAUUGAUGAUGUAUCCUUCACCAGUGGCUGUAAACUGGCUCCUGUGUCCUAUCUUCCCCAGACUCUAACCACUAUUGGUCCUUGUGGAGCUGGAAAAGGCCAGUGUACAAAUGGACAGUGCAUUAAAGCUACCAUGUUCUGUGACUUCAAAAGAGACUGCAGUGAUGGGAGUGAUGAAAGUUCUUGUCCUAGUACAUGCAAUUUUGACAAUGGACAAUUCUGUAACUGGCAGAAUGACUUGAGCAACUCUCUGAACUGGACCAUAGGAAGUAACAACAACCCAUCACCCAGUCCAACAACAGACCACAGCACAAGUUCUACAGCAGGAAAGUUUGCCCUUAUCCAGUCCAAAGCUUUAGAUCGCAGUCGCAAGAUUGCCCGACUGGUAAGCCCCAUGUACUAUCAGGCAGGAACUGCUUGCACUUUCACAAUGUGGUACAAUACAAAUGGAACGGGCAUCCAACAUUUAGGGGUGUAUUUCACAGAGGGAGAGAGUUACAAUAAUUUAUGGAUAAGAAAUGCAUAUCAGCUCAGAUCCACCCAAAUGGUCUGGAGAAAAGCAACUGUUCAACUCCCAAAAUGUCCAAUGAAUUUCAAGCUUACUAUUGAAGUAGCAACAUAUGGAAGACAAACCAACUAUGUUGCCAUUGAUGACUUAGCUUUCACUCAAUGUCAUUAUUUGCCUCCAACCACCUCCUGUUUGAUGGGACAAUUUACCUGCCGUUCAGGAAACUGUGUGCCACAAAAUCUCAAAUGUGACCUCCAGGUAGACUGCUGCGAUGGAUCAGAUGAGAGUCGAAGCAUCUGUUCGGGAUAUCAGCAAUGCAACUUUGAGUAUGGACUGUGUGGGUGGCAGCAAUCCACCACAGAUAGGUUUGACUGGAAAAGACAUCAGGGACCAACCAAUUCUCUCAACACAGGGCCAACUGCAGAUCAUACCUCUGGAACAAGGUCAGGAUAUUACAUGUACAUUGAGUCUUCUAGACCUCAGAGACCAAAUGAUACAGCACAGUUGGUUUACAAUUUGAAUGUCCCAACAUCUCCUUGUGCAAUGAGACUUUGGUACCACAUGUAUGGCAAGAAUGUUGGUCAGCUCAACAUCUACGUCAAAACUCUAAACAGAGGAACAGUUCUCUUAAAGACAAUUUCAGCCAAUCAGAAUCAGACCUGGCACAGACUGGAAGUAAGCCUGCAGAGCACUACACCUUACCAAGUUGUUAUAGAAGGAGUGGUGGGAGUGGGAUAUCUUGGGGAUAUUGCCAUUGAUGAUGUCAGCUUCACCCCUGGGUGUGGAAGCUCUGUACCCAUCACCCCAGCAGUUUCCACUACACCAAAUCCAAAUGCAUGUGGCGAUAGUAAAUUUGCCUGUGGUGAUGGAACGUGUAUACCAAUAUCCAAGGUGUGCAACUUCCAGUCAGACUGCCAAGACAACUCGGAUGAAAGCCAGUGUCCACAAACAUGCAAAUUUGAACAGGACACCUGUGGUUGGCAAGAACUUCCUUUGGAUCGGUUUGAUUGGACAAGAGCUAAUGGAUUAUCCACAUCUUCCAACAGAAACAUGGCCCCAAACACAGACGACACAUAUAAAAACCAGAAUGGUUAUUACAUGUACAUCAACGACCAGACAGGCGGUCAGACCUCAGGUCUAAUAGCUGGUCUCCAAAGCUCUGUCUUCAAAUCAGCAAAUGCAGACUGUAAGAUAUCAUUCGCUUACUACACAACAGGAUCAGUAAUUGGUACUCUGUAUUUGUAUGUGGUAGAAAAUAAUGCCUUGACACCACUCUGGAGACUUUUACCAGUUUCCAAUAGACUGGAUGAUCAGUGGCACAGUGUUACAGUUGGAAUUGGAAGAAGAACCUCUGACUUUAACAUUCUCUUCAAAAAGGUUACAGCAAAAUACAAUGGCACUACAGCAAUAGAUGACAUCAGCUUCACAGACUGCAGGAUGAGACCACCGGUCACACAAUGUAACACACUCACCCACUUCUGGUGUUCCAACAAAGUGUGCAUUCCCCAAAGUAAGCAGUGUGACAAUGUAGAUGACUGUGGAGAUGGUAGUGAUGAGGGAAGUGUGACCUGUGCUAGCUAUGCCCGCUUCAACUUUGAGCAGGGAACAGGAAAUCUGAUCCAGGGUCAGAACGGAGUGGAGGAUGACUUUGAUUGGAGGAUAUAUGCUGGAAACACCCCGUCUGGCUUUACAGGGCCCCGAUGGGACCACACCUAUGGAAAUAGCAGUGGACAUUAUCUAUACAUGGAAGCCUCUACACAAAAAUAUAACUCAAAGGCUUGGAUUCUGACCAACACGUUCUACCGCACCAGUGGAAGGAACUGUGUGAUGAGGAUGUUCUACUUCAUGUACGGAGUGUACAUCAACCAACUGAGUGUGUAUUCUAGGAUGUAUUCAGCAGGACCUCCAACUCACACUCUCUUCACAAGAUCUGGUGAGCAGGGCGCCUUCUGGCAGGAGGUUGUCCUUCCUUUGAAUUACUCCUCAGAUUUCCAGAUCAUUAUCGAGGCCAAAGUUGGAGAUAACUACAAGGGAGACAUUGCCAUUGAUGACAUCAGCUUUACCCCCGACUGCCAAACCUCCAGCAACACAUUGCCACCCCCACCAGCAACUCAAGGUCCCAGUGGGUCCACCAUCCGACCUCCGGUCACCAGACCAUCCAACUGUAACCCCAGCAGUCAGUUCACUUGUACGUCAGACAGAACUUGCAUCAAGAAGAACCAAGUAUGUGACUUCAGAAAGAACUGUGCAGAUGGAUCUGAUGAAGCUCAGUGUGUUCCCACAUACUGUGGAUUUACCAAUGGUUCUCUGUGUAACUGGAAAAUCAAUGCCUCCCACUCCAGUGUCCCGGAUCAAACUUACAAGUGGAAAGUAGACACAGCGAGUACUGCAACAUCGAGCGACUUUAGACCCACAGAGGAUCAGCAGGGAUACCGUGGAGGCUGGUACAUUUGGGCUGAUAGUUCCCCAGGAUCAUUUAGAGAUACAACAGAGUUAUAUACUCCUACAAUAGGACAGACUGGUCCCCAGUGUAAACUGGUACUCUAUUACUGGAUGCAAGGCCAUGCCAGACACUCCAUGGAAGUGUAUGUCCAAGUUAAUAACAAAACUGAUCAUCUCUGGGCGGGAGAAGAUGACCAUGGCAAACAGUGGCAGCAUUUGGAAGUGUUCAUUGGUCCAAGACAGAACUUCAAUUUAGUCAUUCAGGCACGACGGGGUAGAUCUUUCAUUGGAGACCUAUCAGUAGACAGCAUCAACUUCAUCAACUGUCAGCCCCCCAUCACUCUUCCUCAGGGCUGCCCGGCUAACAGCUUACAGUGUAACAAUGGCUACUGUGUCAAACAAAACCUGAAAUGUGACUUCUCCAAUGAUUGUGGAGAUGGUUCAGAUGAAAUAGCUGUUGAGUGUGACCAGACCUAUAAGGGCCGCUGUAACUUUGAACAUGGUCUGUGUCCACAGUGGCAGAAUGAUCCGUCAGCAGACAUUAAAUGGUUGCCGUCUUCAGGUCGUACCAGGACCCUUGGAACUGGACCUUUGGGUGAUCACACAACAAGGAGUAGCUCUGGAACAUAUUUGUACAUUGAAAGUUCAAGUCCACAAAAACCAGGAGACAAAGGUCGUCUGAACUCAGCAACAAUCAAAGGAAUAUCUCAAGACUGUACGCUGAGGUUAUACUUCCAUAUGUUUGGAGCCAACAUGGGAACCCUGAACAUUAAGAAACGAUACAGCUUCCUCACAGAGAAUUUGGAAUCACUCUAUUCUUGGAGUGGUAACCGUGGAGAUUUCUGGUACCGGCUGGAACAAAAUCUGACAACCAGUAAUGCAGGAGACUUUGAGGUUGUUAUUGAAGGAAUAGUUGGUAAUGGUUUCUAUGGAGACAUUGCAAUUGAUGACAUCUCCUUGACACCAGGCUGUCAGUUUGCAGCCAAUCAGAUUCCUGGGGUCCCUACUCCUCCUCCUACCGUGCCUGGAGUAUGUGGACCAAACAAACUGACCUGUGCAAAUGGAAACUGUUACAGCCAGUCCCAGAAGUGUAACUUCAGAGACGACUGUGGAGACAACAGCGAUGAGGCCAACUGUGGAACAUCAUGUAAAUUUGAAUCUGACAGAGGACAACAGUCUUUUUGUGGAUGGCACAACUCCAUCAAUGAUAAUCUGGACUGGAAAUUGAUUUCUGGCCCCACCCCCAGCAAAUACACAGGACCACAGAAUGACCACACCUUAGGAACUUCUGCAGGCCACUAUCUGUAUGUGGAGAGCUCCAACCCGGCCAGUCCGCAGGACAAAGCCCUCCUGGAGAGUAGCAAGUACUACCAAUCAGGCCCCAACUGUAACCUUACUUUCUGGUACAACAUGAAUGGCCGAGAGAUCGGAACAUUGCAAGUCCUACUCAAGACCAGCAUCAGUAACCAGCUGCUGAGACUGUGGCAGAAGACUGGAAGCCAAGGGCCAGACUGGAAACAAGCCUCCAUCCCAAUUAGCAGCAACAGUCAGUUCGCGAUCAUCUUUGAAGCUAAGACAGGCUUUGGAUACCUAGGAGAUAUUGCCAUUGAUGAUAUUAAUUACUCUGGUUGUGAUACAGGUCAGCCAAUAGAAAGCUGCCGUCCGACACAGUUCCUGUGUGCCAACCAGUUAAUGUGUAUAGAAAGACGAUACAGAUGUGACGAGAAGGUGGACUGUCAGGACGGAUCUGAUGAAGACAACUGCAGGCCAUUUAAUGGAGACUGUAAUUUUGAGACUACUCUGUCUCAGUGCCAGUGGAAGCAGAGUAUCGGAGAUGAUGGGGACUGGAUGGUGGCACAUACCACUGUCAACGGACCCAAGAGAGACCACAGAAACACCGCCACAGGUCACUUUAUCUACAUGGACAGCUCCCUGCAGAGCCCAGGGGACGGGGUUAGGGUCCAAACCCCAUUCUUCCCAGCAAGCCAUGGCGUGUGUUACAUGCGAUUCUGGUACUUCAUGUUUGGGUCACCUGGUAUGGGACCCCUGAAGGUGUUCCUGCAGAACAGGAAUGCUAAUACCACAGACCUGGUGUGGGAGAUGGUGGGCAGUCAAGGAGCACAAUGGAAAUAUGUCAACAUCCCAGUAGGAAGUGCCCAAGACUUUUCUGUCAUUUUUGAGGCUACAAGAGGGGACCAGGAUCACUCGGACAUUGCCAUUGAUGAUGUCUCUUUCACUCCAGAAUGUGGAACAGGAGCGCCACCUACAGCGCCCAGUCAUAAAGUCUGUUACCAGGGGAAAUUUUUCUGUGCUCCAAAAGAUGUGUGCUUCCCCAACUCCUGGAAAUGUGACGGUGUGCAGGAUUGUCCGGACGGAUCUGAUGAACCAAGCACCUGUCCAACCACACCCCCAGUCACUGGAACAGUGAGCUCCAGAGCUUCAAAGUCCUUACCAGUAACAUCUUCACCCCCUCCCACCACAACCCACAAGAUCAAGACCUCAUGUGCCGAGUCCAAGUUCCAGUGUAACGAUGACACCUGCAUACCCCUGCUGUUGCUAUGUGAUGCAGUAGCUGAUUGUCCAGACGGAUCGGAUGAAACACCAAGCAACUGUCCUAUACAGAAAUGUGAUGUUGGAUUUUACUACUGCAAACAACAAAGGCAAUGUAUUAAUGGGACACGAUGCGACAAUAUUGACGAUUGUGGAGACAAGACGGAUGAAAGUGUUUGUGGCAAUGCUUGUCCUCCAAAUUUCUGCCAAAGUGGAUCAGUGUGUCAGAAAUCAGGUGUACAGACACUGUCCUGCAGCUGUCCUAAAGGCUUGCAUGGUAUUAGAUGUCAGUAUCGAGAAACAAGCGUGCUGAGACACUCGUCAAAUUCACCGGCAUCAUCCUCUGGCUGGAAAGCAGGCGUGGGCGUUGCCGUGGCGUUGGUUUGCAUUGUGGGCAUUGUCAUAGCAGGCUAUUUCUUAUGGAGAAGACAAAAACAGAGGAACUUCAAUCAAAGACUUGGCAUUGGUUUAGAAAACCCCAGCUAUGAUGGAGGUGAUAUGCAUGAUUUCCAGAUGGAGGACCCCUUUCAUGGAGUAGUGAGUACAACCAGUUCCCACAUCAAAUAUUAUCUCAGAGAUAAACAUCUACAUAAAACUUAUUACAAUAUACUGUAUUUGCACUCCAUUAAUGUUUAUUCUGUUUUGUUUUGCAGAAAAUGACUUCUGAUUCCACCUCAAUAGAGAAUCCUCUUUAUCAGGAUGCCACAACAUGACCAUGAUUUUACAAAUACUCAGUGAUUCUAAAAAUACUCAAACUGUGAUUUUUACUGGACCAAUACUCAUAAACUUCUUAAACAUUUGUUUUUUCUGUUUCUUGUAUUUGUUCUUUGUUGUGUUUGAUAAAUGAAAUAAAAAUAUGCUUUUCAAUUGUGGAAGAGAAUCCAG